UUCAAGGUUGUCAACGAUUCAUCAAAAACAUACAAUUUCUUCAUUUCAAUGCGGAUCGGCUUCUUCAUCCUUUGCUUGACGUAAUAUUGUUCUAUCCCACUAUUCAAAUAUAAAAGGAGGCCACUGUAGCCGCUUUAGCUCAGUAUCAUUCCUCGUCAGCAGAGUAAAUAUACGCAAUAUAGCAGUAUCACAAUGUACGUUACUAAAAUAGGUGUGCUCGUAAUGGUUGCGUUGUUUUCAAUAGCCAAAGUGCGUGGUGUCGAUCGAAAUUUCCGAGAUACACAGUUCUCCGGGUUUGCAUUUGAGAUGAUAGUUACGAAGCUAGAGCAUUUACAGGACAAGAUAAACGAAAUAGAAUCUGCAAUGAAGCAGGAUCGAGAAAACAUAAGUCAGCUGGAAAAACGAUGAACCAGAGUCUCACCAAUGUGAAGACUCAGCUGAACCAAAUGCACACUGAGCAAACAGUCCACGCCAAGCGAAAAAAGAUGAAACAGGAGAUCCAACAGCUCGCAUCAAAGAAAGAUUUAGCUCGGUUUAGAGUUAGUUCAAGUUUGUAUCUCCAGAGCAUCUCGUCACGGUCAUGCAAGGAAGAGCCAUCAAAGGAGUCGGACAAAUACAUCAUACAGCCUACCGAGAAGGAUGAACCUUUCCUGGGAUAUUGCGAACAGACUGCCUUCGGAGGAGGUUGGUUGGUGUUCCAGUACCGUUACGAUGGAUCGGUGGACUUUUACCGCAACUGGACCGAGUAUCGGGACGGAUUUGGCAGCAUGGAUGGAGAGCUCUGGCUAGGGUUGGAGCAUUUACAUCGGUUGACGUCAGCACGAAAGCACGAGCUGUUGGUGGAGCUGAAAGACUUCGAGGGCAACUACAUUUACGCACGGUAUGAUGAGUUCGCAAUCGGCAGUGAGGAUGACCAAUUUCCGUUAGCAAAGCUGGGAGCAUACACGGGAACGGCAGGAGACUCAUUGUAUGACCACAAGGGCGUGAAAUUUUCUACCAAGGAUCGGGACAAUGAUAAUUCGCCAAAUUCAAGUUGUGCUGUCGAAUUUAAGGGAGCAUGGUGGUACAGGAAAUGUUAUGAUUCAAAUCUAAAUGGACUUUAUAGGAACAGUGUGAGUGGAGAAAAUAUGGUUUGGUACAAAUACAAUUCAUCUAAGGCAGGUUUGUCAUACUCAAGAAUGUUGAUUCGCGAAACGUAACGGUGGAUGAAGUAUAAUUUCCAUCAAAUAAAUAGAAGUUUUGGAACAUUCCGAAGCCAAAGUGUUACAGACAGAUGGCUGCAAUCAAAUCAUUUUGUAAUUUGUUGCAAUAAAAGUUUAGUUGUAUUGUUUA